AUGUUUCCUCCGAAUGUGGGCCUCAAUGACGAGCUGGAUUGGAAAUCUGUACCAUCGAUUCAUGACUAUCCUGUUCAGAGCGCUUUUUGCGUACCGGCACCAGGCACCAAAAUCAAGAGAAAUGCAGAGACAGUGGACGUUGCUGGAUAUGCCUGGAGUGGUGGCGGCCGAGGCAUUGUUCGAGUCGAAGUGAGUGCAGAUGGUGGUAAAACGUGGCAGAGUGCGGAACUGGAGCAAGAUCCUGAACAAGAUCUCGAGCACAUGUGGGCGUGGACAUUAUUCCGCGCGAGCAUCAAAAUUCCACAGGGAGUUAAGAAGAUGGAACUAAUUGUGAAGGCCACAGAUCGAGCCCACAAUACACAACCCGAAACAGCAGCGGGCAUUUGGAAUGUCAGGGGACUCCUGCACAACGCCUGGCAUCGAGUCGAAGUAGAGAUUGUCGAUUGA